AUGCUGUUGCAGGCUGCGCCGCAAAUGCAUUCUGAGGUGCUGGAGCGAUGUGUCGUGGGGACCUUGCAGACCUGGUGGGUGAACGAAGACUUCAAGCUGCCGCCGCAGGUGCUGCGGCGUUGUUUGCUGGCGCUGGCGCAGACAGAGGUGGCUCGCAAUGCCGAUGCCGAGGAGCCGUCCAGCUUGAUGAAGGUGGUGGCGGACUAUUUGGCAGGACGUCCAGGCGAGGGCCGGUGGCCCGCCUCUGCACCUGCGAUGCAGGCACUGGCCACAGCCUGCGCCCGUUGGGGUCACCACUGCGAUGCCCUUCCCGAAGUCGCCGAGCGGCUGCUGAGGGUGCUGCAGACGAAGCUGGCUGCAAAGAAGCGCUUGCCGCCUUCCCUGCUGCUGCAUUGCUUGAGCAGCACGCUGCCCCUGGCGCAGGGAAGGACCGCGGCCCAGCCAAUGAUUUCCCGUUUGCUCGCCCACUCGGCAGAGCUGCGGGUAGGUCAAUUGCUGGCACUGCUGGAACUCUGUGUUCUUGCCUGGGAGCGCCCGGCUGACGGAGAGGUGCGUGGGCUUUCCGAGCUGCGCUCGGUGGUGUACCGCCGCAUCCGGGAGAUGCCGCUCUGGGCAGUGCCCCGUGCUUUGGCGGCACUUCUGCAGCUCGUGCCACCUGACUCAGUGGACUCGGACCUGAUCCCAAUCCUCCGACGAUGCACGGGGCGGCUGGGCUACGCGCUACGCGAAGAGCCUUCGAAGGCAGAGGGCUUUGGUGUGGAUGCUUUGGGCGAGGUGCUAUACAUUUGUGCUGCAGCCAGCUACGCCGACGAGGGCUUUUUGGAAGCCAGCGAGCGGUGGUUGCUCCAGGACAAUGGUGCCCAGCUGAAGGCUGCCCAGAAGCCGGUGACCAUCAUCCACCUCCUGCACUCCGCAGCUCUGCUGCAGGUGGCCCGGGGUGAGUUGCUGCACCAGCUGGUGGCGGAGGCCGAAAGGCGGCUCCACACCUUCGAGGCCUUUGAGCUGCUGGGCUUUCUGGACGCUGCGGCAGUGCUACAGACCCAGGCCCAGCCUGCUUCUUUCCUGGAGCGACCGGGGCCUCCGCCCUCGGGCGUGGGUGAGCGGGCCCUGGAAGCGGCGCUGGCACGUGUGGCAGCCGUGGCCUAA